AGCCAAAAGCUAUAUAUACAUACAUAUCUCAAUACCCACAAAUCAGUAUCUCUCAUACACACACCAACUGUUUGAAUCAAUGGCCAAGAAAGCAAUGGAAGUGAUGAAGGGUGUAGACCUAAAGAGGUACAUGGGUAGGUGGUAUGAGAUAGCUUCAUUCCCUUCAAGAUUUCAACCCAAAAAUGGGAUGAACACAAGGGCUACCUACACAUUGAGGGAUGAUGGGACUGUGCAUGUAUUGAAUGAGACUUGGAGUGAUGGCAAGAGAGGGUUCAUAGAAGGGACUGCUUACAAGGCUGACCCAUCUAGUGAUGAGGCCAAGCUCAAAGUCAAAUUCUAUGUCCCUCCAUUCUUGCCCAUCAUCCCUGUUGUUGGGGACUACUGGGUUUUGUAUCUUGAUGGUGAUUAUCACCAUGCCCUAAUUGGACAGCCCACCAGAAAUUAUCUUUGGAUAUUAUGCAGGGAGAACCAUCUUGAUGAAGAGACCUACAAUCAGCUUGUUGAGAAGGCCAAAGAAGAAGGGUAUGAUGUGAGCAAGCUUAAGAAGACACAGCACACUAAUCCCCCACCAGAGGGAGAAGAAGGCCCCAAGGACACCAAAGGAGUUUGGUGGAUUAAAUCCAUGUUAGGGAAAUAGGCAGUGGCUAAUGCUAGAUAAAGAAUGUCAUCUAUGAAACAUAGAAAUAAAAGGGUUUUAGGCCUAAAAACCUAGCUGCAAAUUCUAGAUUGAAAGUGCUGUUAUUUGAUUAGCGCCCUUUACCCCUAUUAUUUCUUGUAACAAGUUUAGUUUGUGGUUGAAAGUUUUGAAGCACUGUGGAUUUAUAGCUUCCUUUGAAUUUUCAAUGUUGUCCAUGAAACAUAGAAAUAAUGGGGGCUAAAACCCUAGUUGCAAAUUCUACUGUAUUUGAUUAUCCUUUGCCCA